AUGUUGAAUCCGUCCCAAGCCGUGGACUCUGGCGUCCAAGUCUUGGUGGACAUCGAUUCCACCCCACAGUUCCAACCUUCCAAGACCACAGUGCAAGAUAUCCUGACCCCAGAGGCGCUGGGCUUCGUGGUUCUUCUGCACCGCACUUUCGACGCGCGCCGUCGCCAGUUACUCGCCAACAGACAAACCGUACAGGAGGAGCUGGACCGCGGCACGUGCGAGCUCGGGUUCUUGCCCGAGACGAAGGCCGUGCGGGACGAUGUGUCCUGGCAGGGCGCCUUCCCGGGGCCGGGCCUCGCGGAGAGACACUCUGAGAUAACCGGGCCUCCCCUCCGCAACAUGCUGGUGAACGCUCUGAACGCGCCCGUCUCCACUUACAUGACGGACUUCGAGGACUCCGCAGCGCCCACCUGGGACAACUGCGUGUAUGGACAGGUCAAUCUGUACGACGCGAUUCGCGAUCAGGUCGAUUUCCACACCCCACGCAAGGAAUAUCGCCUGCGCGACAAGUUUGCCACGCUGCCCACGGUGCUGGUGCGUCCCCGCGGCUGGCACAUGGAGGAAAAGCAUGUGUCGGUGGACGGCAGGCCGCUUUCUGCGUCUCUGUUCGACUUCGGCCUUUAUUUCUGGCACAAUGCGCACAAGCUUGUGGAGAUUGGCAAGGGCCCGUACUUCUACUUGCCCAAGAUGGAACACCACCUCGAGGCGCGCUUGUGGAACGACGUCUUCAACGUGGCCCAGGACUACAUCGGCAUGUCGCGUGGAACGAUCCGCGCGACCUCGCUGAUAGAGACGCUUCCAGCGGCUUUCCAGAUGGAGGAGUUUAUCUACGAGCUGCGCAACCACUGCGCGGGCCUCAACUGCGGCCGCUGGGACUACAUCUUCAGCACUAUCAAGCGCCUGCGCAACAAGCCCGAGCAUGUCUUGCCCGACCGCGACCACGUGACCAUGACCGCGCCCUUCAUGGACGCCUACGUGCGCCGCUUGAUCGAGACCUGUCACCGCCGUGGUGUGCAUGCCAUGGGCGGAAUGGCGGCCCAGAUCCCGAUCAAGAACGACGUCAGCGCGAACGACGCUGCGAUGGCCAAGGUUCGCUCCGACAAAGAACGCGAGAUGACCAAGGGCCAUGACGGGUCUUGGGUCGCCCACCCUGCCCUGGCACCCAUUUGCAACGAGGUAUUCGACCGUAUGCUCACCGCAAACCAGAUCCAUUACAUCCCAGAAAGCAACGUCACUGCGGCUGACUUGCUCAACACCCGUAUCUCUUCUGGAGGUGUCACUACAGACGGAAUCCGUCAAAACCUGUCCAUCGGCCUACAAUACAUGGAGGCGUGGCUACGUGGAUCUGGGUGCGUCCCCAUCAACAACCUCAUGGAGGAUGCCGCCACCGCAGAAGUCUCGAGAUGCCAACUGUACCAGUGGGUGACGCACAGUGUGAAGCUCGCCGACACUGGCGAGGUGGUGACGCCGGACCUGACCCAGCGCAUCUUGGAGGAGCAAGUGGCAGAACUGUCAGCAAAGAGCCCUCUUGGAAACAACAACAAGUUCGCCCUAGCAGCCAAAUAUUUCCUGCCGGAGAUUAGGGGCGAAAAAUUCAGCGAGUUUUUGACCACACUACUUUACGACGAGAUCGUGACCGCCAAGACAGCACGUCUGUAA